AGUGCGCAGUCAAAGCGAUGCGCCCUAAACAUACUGGAUCGACGCGACACUAGCAGUGCUAAAAAAAAAGCUCGCGUGCCGUUUUCAGUCGCGCGCGCGGCGGACAGUUCGCGCGCAGGUCACCGUGAUCGCGCUCGCGCAGGACUCGUCCGCGAUCGGCACCGCGCGAUGGACCCGGACCCGUCCGGAGGGGGUUCCGACGAGGACGCGGAGACCCAGCGGAUGAUCGAGCAGAGUCUGCUCCAGCGCCGCAAGCACGCGCAGCCCGCGAGCUCUUUCCCCGGUGACCCCGGCAGGAUCGUUCAGAUCACCCCCGAGAGAGAGAAGAUAUUCAAUGCAAUAAAGCACGCCGAUGAAAAGUCCCUCCGUGAGCUGGCUGUCCAUCGGCGGGCUUUCUCUGAAGAAGACGCCGCAGGCUACAUCCCUUUACACGAGGCUGCGAUACAGAGCAACCAGAACAUCCUGGAGAUCACGUUCAACGCCUCUCCUGAGGACGCCAAGCACAGGCCGACGGCGGGAAAGACGGCUCUCUUCUCGGCGGUGGAGAAAGGUCUUUUGGACAACGCUUGUUUCCUGCUGGACCGCGGGAGCAGCCCGGACGCGCUGGAUAAAGAGGAAGACUCGCCUCUCGUUGUAGCCGUGAGAAACGGCCACUACGACAUGACCAAGCUCCUGCUGAACUCCAGCGCCAGAGUUAACCAGGAGGGGGCGAACCGCAGGACGGCCCUGCAUGAAGCCGCCCGGCUCGGCCUGCAGGACUUCGUGGAUCUGCUGCUGAAGCACGGAGCUCAUCCCGACCCCAGGAGCUCCUACGGCCUGACGCCGCUAGCGUUAGCCGCGCAGGCCGGACACCUGGAGGUCACCCGCACGCUGCUCCGGAGAGGCGCUGAUGUGGAGUCUCAGGCUCAGGAUUGUGCUACAAUAUUAUUUGAGGCGUCAGCUUCAGGAAACCCUGAGGUCAUCUCGUUACUGCUGGAGCACGGGGCUGAUGCCAACAUCCCCAAACACACGGGACACCUGCCCAUCCACCGAGUGGCCCACCGCGGACACCAGAAGGCUCUGGCUCUGCUGAUCCCGGUGACGUCGUGGGACGCGGUGGACGACAGCGGGAUCAGUCCUCUUCACUCGGCGGCGGCCGGAGGACACACUCGGUGUCUGGAGAUGCUUCUCGAAGCUCAUUACGACCCUAACUUCAUGCUGCACCCGUGGGUGCGCCGCAGCUAUGACGACAAGCGGCAGUCGGCGCUCUACUUCGCCGUCUCCAACGACGACGUGGCCUCCGCCCGGGUGCUGCUGGAGGCCGGAGCGAUGCCCAACCAGGACCCCGUCAAGUGCCUGCAGGUGGCGCUGCGGAUGGGCAACCCCGAGCUCAUCGGCCUGCUGCUCCGCCACGGAGCCAACGUCAAUUACUACUGCCGAGUGAACACCACCCACUUCCCGUCGGCCUUGCAGUACGCUCUGAAGGACGAGGUGGUGCUGCGGAUGCUGUGUAACUACGGCUACGACGUGGAGCGAUGCUUCGACUGCCCGUACGGAGAGGGGUCGCACGUCCCGCGCGGUUACGAGGGCUGGACGGACUCCGUCAUCAAAGACUCGCUGUUCUGUGAGGUCAUCUCUGUGUCGUGGCUCAAGCAUCUCUCGGGAAGCAUGGUCUGCAUCAUGCUGGAUUACGUCGAUCACGUGACCUUUUGCUCCAAACUGAAGGCUGCGCUCAUGGAGCAGAGACAGUGGCCUGAAAUCUGCAAAAUACAAGAGAACGUUCGCUGUCUGCAGCAUCUCUGUCGGCUGAAGAUCAGGGCUUGUUUGGGUCGGUUGCGUCUCAGAGCGCCGAUCUUCAUGAGCUUCCUUCCAUUACCAGACCGACUGAAGCAAUACGUCCUGUACAAAGAAUAUGAUCUCUACGCUCAGAAGUGCCAAGCUCAGCGCAAAUAAACCGGAACACACACCCGUAGAAACACACAGUUACUGCUCAGCGCAAGUAUAAGAGACGAUGUGCAUAUUCUUUAAAUACGGUUAAUAUGAAAUUAUUACAGUCUUAAUGUUAACAGAUAUGUAUAAAACAUAUGCUCCAAUACAUAAAGAAAUAUUUGUUUUAAUAAAAUAAAGCCAUUAAUAUAAUUGUUUAUGAAGAAAAAAAAAUUGUGUAUAUGGAAAUAACUUUUAGGAGGCUUAAGUUUUUAUUUUAUUUUUUUUUAACAAAUUGAAAUAAAUUAAAAUAAAUAUUUUGACGAUGUUUAACCUAUAUUAAAAAUCACAAUCAA